UGGCGUUGAUGAUGAUGACAAUACCACCGAAUUAGAAGAGAAAAUGACAAUUGCAUGGCGUUAUAAAGGAUUAAAAAAAUUUGAAUCAAGCGUAAAAAGUAAACCCCUUCUUUUAAAUAAACAAAUUUCAAGUAAUGAAACAAACCCUCAUCAAAUCGAAAAACCAUUUUGUUCAACUUUUGAUUUAACAAAAUCAAUACCUCAGAAUAUUAUGGAUAAUGCAUUAAUGACAUUAAUUAAUGUAAAUGAAUUAAGUGAGAAUUCAUAUCAUACGCUUUUAGAUAGAAUACGCAACGUCAUUGAAGAAAAUCAUUUGAAUUCUUUGUUAGUACCACCUUCAAAUGUUGAAAGAAAUAAUGCGAUUAGGAUUGGAAUACAUUCAAUCGCCUCACCAUCAUGGCAAUCAAGGUCAUCACAUGAUAUUUUUGCAUUCUUGCACGCUUUACGUGGUUUAUUAAGAUUUUCAUUCGGUGCAGCUGUUAUUACAAUUCCGGCUUAUCUAUAUACAUCAUCCUCUUCAGAACCGUGUUCGUUCAUUAGAAGAAUUGAACACAUGUGUGAUGCGGUUGUCGAAGUUGAAUCAUUUGCAG